AUGGGGUCUCCAGCAGCCCCCGCCUUUGCAAACAUAGUUAUGGCCUUUUGGGAGUGUGAAGCGUUACCCAUUUUAAAACGUGAAUUUAACAUCCACUUUUUUUGUCGUUACAUUGACGAUUUAUUUUUUAUUAUUGAAGGUGAUUCCGCUGUAGUCAAUGAUUUUUUUAAUGUUAUGAAUUCCAUCUCUAACUAUGUGAAGUUCACCUUGGGAAAUAUUGGUACCACAGUGAAUUUUUUAGAUGUAUGUUUAUACUGGGAUGUAGAUGAACAACGAAUUCACAGUAGGAUUCACCGUAAGGAGACCUUCACAAAUGGGUAUUUGCAUCACACCAGCAAUCACCCUAAACAUACCAUCAGGAAUAUUCCCCAAGGGCAGUUUAUACGAGUGAGUAGGAUGACAUCUAAAUGGAGUGAUUUGAUAGAAGAAUUUCACACAGUUUUGUCUUUAUUUACACAUCGAGGGUAUGACAUUCAGGGGUUAACACUGGUUAGUGAAGAGAUUCUUAGUAAACGUGAUAGUUUUUUUAGAGCCAUCAUUGAUUUUCCCAGUUCUUUUGAUGGUGGUCAGCAUCAGAAUGGCGAACGGAAUGGUUAUAAUGUUGACACCCUGUGUUCUUUUGACACUAGUUCUGAUGGAUCCUUGAUCAAGCAGAUUGUGAUUGACAACUGGAAGAUCAUUAAUGGUAACGAGGACAUCAGAAGGACACUGGGAGCAGGUCCCAAAUUUGUCUUUAGGAACAGGCAUAAUUUAAAGGGAAUUUUGGAAAAUAGCACCUCGGUCAGCUAUGGGUUUUCAUACUAUCUAAUGAGUGACAAGCUGCAGUUUCCUUCAUUCUUCAGGACAGUUCCAAGUGAUGACUUCCAGGCAUAUGGUACUUCAAAACUGCUGAAACACUUUGGUUGGACCUGGGUUGGAAUUGUUGGAACAGACAACUUUCAUUUUCAUGCAGCUACGCAACACCUAAACACUGAUAUCAUCAGGACAGGGGGCUGUGUUGAUUUUUUAGAAAUUAUACCCAUGAAUAACUUUGAGAAGAAAAUUAUUGACAUUCUUCAUAUAAUUAAACAAUCAACUGUCAAGGUAAUAGUGGUUUAUACCAGAGCAUUGCAUGCAAUUGCACUAAUGGAAGAGGUUGUAAAACAAAAUGUUACUGGAAGGUUCUGGGUUGGUAUAACAAGCUGGUCAAUUUCUGCAGAAAUAUCAAAGGAGGUGAAGGAAACAUUAAAUGGCUCCAUAGCAUUUCAGCUCCACAGAGGAGAAAUACCAGGUUUAAAACAGUUCCUUUACAGCACACAUCCUUCAACAUCUCCUGAUGACAUUUUUGUUAAACUUUUUUGGGAAGAAGCCUUUGGAUGCAAAUGGAUGCAUUCUGGAAAUCAGUCAUCAGUUAGUGUGGAAAAUACUGGAUCAGUCAAAGUUUGUACUGGCACUGAGAGGUUAGAGGAAGUUGACACAGCUAUUUUUGAUGUAAAUAAUUUCAGAUUUACUUAUUGCAUGUAUAAUGCAGUCUAUGCAGUUGCCAAUGCAUUACAUAAUAUGCUUUCUUGCAAACAUGGAGAAGGACCAUUUUUAAAUGGAGAAUGUAUAGACAGACAUAACUUUAAACCAUGGCAGCUCCUUUUUUAUUUGAAAAAUGUGCAAUUUGAAAAUUCUGGAGGGGAGAAGAUUUUUUUUGAUGCCAAUGGUGACCCACCAGCAGUGUACGACAUUCUCAACUGGCAGAUCUUUCCUAAUGGUGAAAGUCACUAUGUCCAGGUUGGAAUAUUUGAUUAUAAUGCCCCUGAUGGUCAACAAGUCAAGAUUAAUGAAAAGUCUAUCCUAUGGAGCACUGCAUUUCCUCAGACUCCAGUGUCUGUCUGCAGUAAAAGUUGCACUCCUGGAUUCUGGAAAGCUGCCCGUAGGGGGCAGCCCAUCUGUUGCUUUGACUGCCUGCCCUGUUCUAAAGGAGAAAUUAGUAAUCAGACCGAUGCGACAGAAUGCAUCAGUUGUCCUGAUCUUCUCUGGCCUGACUAUAACCAGGAAAAGUGCAUUCCAAGAAGCAUCGAGUUCCUGUCAUACAAUGAACCUCUUGGAGCUACACUGGCAUCCAUCCCAGUAUUCUUCACUGUAGUAACUGCUACAAUUUUAUGUAUUUUUAUUAAGAAUCAGGACACCCCAAUAGUGAAAGCCAACAAUCGUGAACUCAGUUACCUCCUUCUUCUUGCACUCAUGUGCUGUUUCCUAUGUUCCUUAAUAUUUAUUGGCAAACCAAAAGUAUAUACCUGCAUGUUUCGACAGCCUGCAUUUGGUGCAGCAUUUGCACUUUGUGUGUCCUCCAUUUUGGGGAAAACUAUCACCGUGGUCAUUGCAUUUAGUGCAACCAAUCCUACUAGUGUGCUAAGGAAGUGGACCGGCUCCAAAACCCCUGCUGUAAUUAUAUUUAUUUGUGUGUGUGUACAAGUUGUCAUUUGUAUUUGCUGGCUAACAUCUAACCCUUCAUUUCCACAGCUUAAUAUGAAGUCACAAGAGGGAAAGGUUAUAGUCGAGUGCAACGAGGGUUCAAUUACUGCGUUUUAUACCAUGUUAGGGUAUCUGGCAUCUCUGGUAGCUGUAAGCCUGGUUAUUGCAUUUUUUGCUAGGAAGUUGCCUGAUAGCUUUAAUGAAGCCAGAUUCAUUUCUUUCAGUAUGCUUGUGUUUGCCAGCGUCUGGCUGACCUUCAUACCAGCUUAUCUGAGCACGCAGGGUAAAUACAUGGUUGCUGUAGAGAUAUUUGCAAUUGUAUCUUCUAGUGCUGGUAUUCUGUGCUGUAUAUUUAUUCCAAAAUGUUACAUUAUUAUUCUGAGACCAGAGAUGAAUACUAGGGAACAUUUAAUGGGAAGUUCACGUGUAAGGAAUAAAACAUGA